UGGCAUAGCAGGGCUCGGGAUGCCACCGCGCUCCACAGGGACCCACGGCCUGCGCUGACUCCCCUGGCCGCAGAGGACACCCUGAGGGACGCCGGGAGGUGGGCGCUCCCCAUCCUGGCUCUGGAUGUGCACUUUGGCAGGGGUGGAGGCACGGCUGGAUGACGGCUGAGGAUGUGCUAUGGAGCCGGGAUUCAACUGCUCUGAGCUCUGUGAUGGCAGCUCCAGCUUUGGCAGCCAGGUGCAGCAGCAGCGGGCGCUGCAGGAGCUCUGCACCGUCACGGUGACAUCUUCUGACCGCAGUGGGAAGAGCUCCCCAUCCUUCUCUGCUGCUCUCCUGGGAGUUGUGUGGACGUUCCUGACCGGAGGAGUCCUGCUAACGCUCUUCUUUCUUGUCUUCACAAUUCGCUUUAGGAAAAACAGGAUCGUGAAGAUGUCCAGCCCCAAUCUGAACAUUGUGACCCUGCUGGGUAGCGGCUUGACUUACACUAGUGCUUACCUCUUUGGGAUUCAGGAGCAGAGCCUGCCCUCCGGAGACUCGGUAGAAAAGCUUAUUCAGGUGCGGCUCUGCCUGCUGUGCGUGGGGACCUCCCUGGUCUUCGGCCCUGUCCUGGGGAAAAGCUGGCGGCUCUACAAGGUGUUCACCCAGAGGGUGCCAGACAAGCGGGUGAUUAUCAAAGACCUCCAGUUGCUGGCGAUGGUGGCAGCGUUGGUGCUGGCAGACACUGUGUUGCUCUUGACGUGGGUAUUCUCUGAUCCAGUCCAGUGUUUCCGAAGCCUCAGCAUCUCACUGCGGGCGACAGAGAAAGGCAUGACCUGCUCAGUGAGCCGAGUGCAGUCCUGCGCAUCUCUUUAUUCCGAGCUUUGGCUCGUUCUCAUUUUAGGGUUUAAGAGUAUCCUCCUGCUGUACGGGACCUACUUGGCUGGUCUGACCGACAACAUCAGCUCCCCACCAGUCAACCAGUCCUUGACGCUCAUCGUUGGGGUCAACCUCGUUUUCCUGGCUGCUGGCACUGUCUGCUUAGUUCACCGUUUCUUCCGCGCUUGGCACAACUUGCUGUUUGGUUUUACCUCUGGAGGCAUCUUCGUGUGUACGACCACGAUCAACUGCUUCAUCUUUGUCCCACAGCUCAAGCAGUGGAAAGCCUUUGAAGAAGAAAGCCAAACUGUCAGCCACAUGGCAAAGUAUUUCACCAGCCCAAGCCGGAGCUGCCGCUCGGUGUACAGCGAGGAGCAGCUCUACCAGCUGAUAGGGGAGAAAAACUCCAUGAAGCGGCUGCUCACCGAGAAAAACGCCGUGAUUGCAAGCCUGCAGGAACAAGUGAGCAGCGCCAAGGAGAAGCUGAUGAGGCUGAUGUCCGCGGAGGGUGGCUGUGACCCCCCGGCACCACCGGCAGCUCCCUGCAGCCAGAGCGCGGGGUGGAGCGGGGAUGUGCCGGGGGACCGCUGCCCCCCGGAUCCGCAGCGGGAUGGGUGGCAGCCUCCCCGCUUGUUGGGCACACCACCUAUUUGCAGCCACGCUCAGGAGCUCCAGAAACACGAGACCCAGGAGCACGUGAGGCCAGGAGAGCCUGUUGGCUCUCGGGCGUUGCUUUGUGACACAGGGGACAACCUCGAACGUGGCCCGAGAGAAGCCCAGGAGGGCAGGAUGCCUCCGGAGCAGCUGCUGGACCACAACAUCUCAGCUGGCCUGGCCUGGGAGUCGUCCCCCAAAGUCAGCUAUGUGAGCAGCGAGAAGCUGAGGGAAGUUUUGCAAGAGCUGAGCCUGGACGGCAGAGCCUACAGCCCGGCCUUGCGUGGGGGACCCCCCCGCCAUGGCAGCCAGGGCCCCCAAGGCGAGCAGGGAGGAAGGUGGGAGGCCCAGGAGGGCUACCUGGGCAACCGCACACCACUCAGCCCCUAUCUGGCGAGGCGGCGGCGGAGGAUACCCCUGCCCACCACCUCCACCCGCUUCCCCGGCCAUGUGUCCCCUCGUGUCGGCCGUGGGGUGAAGGAGGAGGGUGGCUGGGCCUGUGAGGAGUCAGCACAAGUCUCCCCAGGGAGGGAAGGGGAGAUGGCUGGUGGAGGGCUCCUUCACCCAUCGGCACCAUCCCCUCCAGCUGUCCCUGGGGAGGCCUGCCUCCAGCGGGAGGGAUGGCCAGGAUGGCCGGAGUCCCAGGGUGCUUCCCUGUCCCUCUCACAGGAGCGGCGGCAGCGGCAGGGUGCCCUGAGGGGACCUGCCGAGCCCUCCCUGCGCUCUCUGUACUACUACCCAGACUCUGACUCCAGCAGCAGCAGCUCUGAGGAGAUGUUUCACGGCUGCCAUCGUCCCUGCUGCGAGGUCUGCUUCCAGAGCCCGCGCGGCUCCCUGGGCAGCAGCAGCACGGACACGGACACAGAGCCCAGCGAAGGCGCGGGCCACUGGACAGAGCACCACGGCGGGCUCCAGCCCGUGGUGAAUUUCAAAGAAGAUCUGAAACCCACCUUUGUAUGACUGCGAGCACCCCUGCCCCAAAGGCAGGUGCCCCCCCCAUCCCCAAAAUGCUGUGUGUUUUCAGCGACGCUGAAGUCACACGUCUCUCCGAGGGAUGCGUCUCCUUCUGGCAUAACCUUGCCCCGCUCGGGUCAUGGUGUCAGCCCCAGCCUGGCCAGCGGUGACUGUGUUUGGCUGAGAAGGGGCUGGCAGCACCCGGUGAGGUGGCAGUGGUUUUGUCCCAGCUGCUCCAGGCAGCUGCCUGCACCCCACGGAUACCCGGCACGUCUGUCUGUCCCAGCGCCGGCAAUGGGAAGACUCUGCGGGUGGCCCGCAAGAACCCAAAUUUCAUAAUCUCAGAGGGUUUUCCCUGCGAGAGCUGGAUGAUUGGCACCAGUGGGGAGCAGCACCCUGUCUCAGAAACACGUGUGGCUUCUUGCACAUAGGAGACAGACAGACAGACAGAGGACUCCUUCCCCCAAGGCUGCAGAUGCUGAGCCUCCCACCAGCAUCACACCUAGCUGGAGAUGGGAGACAGCCGGACGCCAGGAACAGUUGCAGGCUGCUGCUCCCCUGGGGUGCUGCUCCCUGGCAAAGCACAGACCUUGGGCUGGGGUGUCAGGGGGAGACUUUCAAGGGGUUUUUUUUGGGGUAGCAUCUGAGUGAGAAAAUGGAGUCCAAAGGUGACAUCCUCGGAGGUGUCUUUGCAUUUUGUGUCUUUCAGUUGAAUGGUUGUAGGUGAGACUCAGGUCAGAGCUGAAGGGAAAGGCACGCUAGAAAUCAUAAAAAAGGAUCUGAAAACGUUUUUCUUUUCUUUUUUUUUUUUGCCUUCUUUUUUUUUCUGGGGCUUGUGCCCUUCUGUAUGUCUUUGUAUGGAUGAUGUAGUCUGGA